GUGCGCUCUGCUCCUUCUGCGGAUCUCCGGCCAGGCCUUCCCCGGGACCCAGGAUGGUGGUCCCGCAGGCUGCUGGGGUCCCCUGCAUGGCCGCUCUGAUGGUGCUCUUGGUGAUGUUGGGCUCCCCUUGGGCUCAGGGCAGUGACACCCCAGAGGUCCGCGUGUACCAGCGGAGGAGCGACUGCUAGUUCAACGGGACGCACCGCUUCCUGGAGCGAUACGUGUACAACAGAGACGUGUUCGUGCAGUUCGACAGCAUCGUGGGCGUGUUCGUGGCUGCGACCGAGCUGGGGCGCACAACGGCCAGGAACUGGAACAUACAGAGGGAGUUCCUGGAGCUGCGGCAGGGCGCGGUGGACGCGGUGUGCAGACACAACUUCGAGCUGGACAGGGCCUUCACCCUGGAGCGCAGAGUCCAGCCGAAGGUGAACGUGUCCCCCUCCAAGAGGGCCCUGCAGCUCCCCAACCUGCUUGUCUGCCGCGUGACCGACUUCUACCCGGACGUUCAAGUCCGCUGGUUCCUGAACGGACAGGAGGAGACAGCGGGCGUCAUGUCCAACCUGAUCCACAACGGGGACUGGACCUUCCAGAUCCUGGUGAUGCUGGAGAUGGUGCCCCAGCGGGGGCAUGUGUACCCCUGCCGGGUGGAGCACCCCAGCCUGGACGGCGCAGUCACUGUGGAGUGGAAGGCCCAGUCCGAUUCUGCCCGGAGCAAGAUGCUGGCUGGAGUCGGGGGCUUCGUGCUGGGGCUCCUCACCGCCGUGGUAAGCAUCACUCUCCGCUUCCGAGGCCAGCGAGGUAAGAACCUUCUGGAAAGCAGUUGAU